UGUUCUUUUAACAACAACAAGAAAAUGUGACGUAGACAAAUGAUGAGAUGAGCGCAAGCUUUGAACAGCCAAUCUGUGACGUCAUGGGUGAUCUGUUUAACAGUGUGUCAGCAACAAUGACGUCCUUGCCAGCUGAACAGAUUGGUCAGCUGGAAGACACGAUGGUUGAGCCUAAGUUGGUCAGUGAUGAACUAAGACAAAUCUUGGAAGUGGUGUUCUACGUGGUGUGCAAUGGCGUGAUUGGCUCCUUGGGCUGCCUGGCCAACAUCGUCAACAUCCUUGUCUUUAUGAAGCAAGGUUUCAAAGAUUCGGUGACACUAAGUCUUCUGGCUUUAGCUCUAGUAGACCUCCUCGCCCUAUUAGCUUUAGUCUGGGAGAGCAUCUGCAUGAAUCCUUGGUUCUUUGACUCCCAGAGCUCCUUCUCUGUGUCAGAUGUUCACUUCCUUACAUCAGCUGUUCCCCACGGUAUCUUUGUGCGGAUGGCCUGGUGGAUCACGACGUUCGUCACAUUCGAGCGAUGCCUCUGCAUUGUCCUCCCUCUCAAGGUCAAACAGAUCAUCACCCCUCAACGUACUGUCGCCAUCAACAUCGCCCUCUGUCUCGCCAUUCUCCUCGGCAUGUCGCCAUUCUUCAUCGCCUACCGCUUCUAUCAAAGACCCGUGCCUGGGGAGAACAGAACCCAGCUGGCUCUCUACCUCGUGGAGAACGGCAUGUACAUCCAGAACAUCGCCGGCCAGUUCAACGUGGCCUCCCAGUUCGGCGCCUUCUUUAUCGACCUCUUUUGCACCCUUCUUAUCGUCCAUCAGCUAAACAGCAAGUCCAAGUGGAGAUUUAAGAGCGCUAACGCCAACAAGGUCAAGGACGUCCUGGAUAAGCGAGAUAAGAAAGUUAUUAAAAUGAUCACGUUAAUCUCCAUCAUUUUCUUAUCCUGCCUAGUCCCAAGCUUCAUCAGCUUCCUCGUGGGGACCAUUUAUCAGGAAUACUCUUUCACGGGAAAACAGUUUAAUUUAUAUGUUGUUACUUGGUCCGCCAUUUUGACGCUAGAGGCUAUAAAUAGCACAGUCAAUAUAUUCGUUUACUAUACAAUGAGCUCCAAAUAUAAGCUCAUAUUUACGGAAAUGUUUUGUUCCUGGAAACGUGAAACAAAUUGUUUUGUUGGUUAACUCUGUAGUUGUAACAUGGAACGUUGACAUGAUGAAUGUUCAUACAUCAGCAGCAGGUCCUACAGAGUUAUAGUGUAAGCACUGUAGUAGUCUUGCUUAGAAGAAAUAUACAGACUUGGUUAGCGAAUUAACAAAGCAUUGCCACUUUAAAUCUGCAUUUGAGAUGUUGUUGUUUUUUAAUCAAGACUUCAGGGCUUUAACUUACAUUUACAAGAAUACUGUCAAUCAAACCGAGAACCUAACCAAAAAAAAAAAAACACACACAACCAGAAAUUGUAUACAUUCUUCAUCAUAUUAGUGCACGCACGUCUUAUUUCAUUUAUCAUCCAAGCGCAUGGACAGUUCAUCUUAUUUUAUCCAAGAUAGCACUGUCAAAGGCAGUCCAUCUUAUUUCAUCACGUGUGUAUCGGCAGUCUAUCUUAUUUGAGCCUAUCAGCCCACGGUCAAUCGUCUUAUUUUAUUAUGUAAGUACAGGGGAAUUAUUUCUUGUUUUAUCA